GCGGUUUUGUGCGGAAGCCUCGGUGGUUGAUGGGGGAGCGGACUGGAGAGGGCAGCAGAAUGUCGGUGACGCAGGGGAGCUCGGAGCUGGCGGACGACAGCGAGUCAGAUGUUUUUGAAAUUGUUCUCCCAAUCACCGUGCUUGUGCUGAGCGAUGAUGAUUUUCUCCCAGAUGACCCUGAGGAGCAAGCAGAGUCGGUUCCCAAGUCAAAGGAGGAGGAUGAACUGGAAGUGAACUUGAACAGUAGUAUUCUCUUACAAAGUAAUGGAACAGCUUCAAAUGACAAUAGCAGUGUGAGCAAUUGGGAAGAAAACAAGACUGCUUCAAAUGAGGAUAAUAGUAUGACAUACACUGAAGAAAAACAGGUUGCCGAGAGUGUGUGUAAUGAAUAUGAAUUAUAUUUAACUGAUGGGGGUGGUGCAGGCAUGGAUGAAUGUCAAAAUUACGUGCUGCCUACAUCAUCUUGCAAAACACAGCUUACAGAGAGAAAUGAAGCCAGUUGCAGAGAAGAAUGUGAUGGUGAUGACAGCUCUCAGAAAAGUCGUCCUCUCUUCUCUGCGGGCAUCAAGGAUAGAUAUGAUACCAUCAAAACAAACAGCCAGGUGACAUUAACAGUGAUACCCAGACAUGAAGAGGAGCCUGUCAGUGCUGCAAACGGUAGCAGUCAAGAGAAACAACCAGAAAUCCCCAAGGAGAUUGAGACUAUUCUUGAAAUAAAAAAUCCUGACUCUUCAGAGAAUGGACAUAAUAAAGCCAGUAACAGUAAGAGAAGCAAAUUUGAAGAUGAAACUCUGGGUUCUCUUUUGAAGCGUGGCUUGAAUGAAGAACCAAAAUUUACCUAUAAUUGUUCUGUUCUGUUUGUUAAUGGAUGUUCUUCUACUUCAGAAGAAUGGCUACAAGAGGCAGGGAAACAGGAGAUGAGUGCCUCUACUUCUGCUGAAUCACAUACUCCUGGAGAGCAUCUUUAUGAGGCAUUAUCACAAUUUCCUAAAAAAAGAUGUCGGCAGCAAAAAGUAAUUUCUCUUCAUGCAAGCCCAAAAGAAUCCCCAAACCAGCAAGAAGGUGUAGGAUGCCUAAGUAAUAUCACCAUCAAACCCCUUCCUAAAGCAUCUUCUACAAAUAAGCAUGAAAGAUUGAAGUGCAGAUUUUGUAGUUCUGUAUAUAAAUGCAGUGCACAUCUAAAGAAGCAUCUUUAUUCAGCUCAUAAAGGUAAGAAAAUGUAUAAAUGCUGCUUUUGUAAAAGAACCUUUUUCUUUUCUGUCAACCUUAAGAACCACCUUAAGCUUCAUAAAAUAACUAGGUUGAAAAAUGCAAGAAAAAAUAGAAAGAAUGUGAGAAAAGUUGAGCAGAGAAGAUCUGAAGAAAGACUGUCUGAGACCAAGAAAAAAGAAAGCAAAUAUAGUAAACUUUUCAGCAAAAUACAAAGGGACUUUACACCUCUGAGUGGACCAGUUAGUUUUUCCUGCAGAAUUUGUUUCUUUGCUUCAUCAUAUCCUAGGGUUUUUAUUAAUCACAUGAAGGGACAUAAAGAGAAACCACCCUACCAGUGUCCUCGAUGUGAUUAUUCCUGCAUUAGCUUAUCCUAUUUGUUGAAUCACAUCUACUGGCAUGCUGGAUAUAAGCUGUACCAGUGCAGGUUUUGCACCUUUUUUUCAUUGUACUUUGCGAGCAUGGUAAGGCAUAGCUACUUACACACAGGGGCUAGACCGUAUUCCUGUGAGUUCUGCCAGUCAAAUUUCACAAGCCCUACAGCAUUAAAGAGACACAGAAGAUUGCAUGCAGGGAAAGAAACGUGCCAAGGGCAGCAGGUUGACUCGGCAACUAGAAGAAAGAGAACUCAAAGACCUGUAAAGAGUUACACAUGUGAUGAGUGUAACGUGGUGUUUUACACUAAAGAACAUCUCAGCUUUCAUCAGAAAUUUCAUGAACAGUUUAAGGCUAAUGGUUAUAUGAAUCAGAGCAAUGACUAUCAUAAAAGAAAACUAUGCCAAGCUGACAGUGGUUCCCAGGAGACUGUUUCUCUGUCUCUUUCUGGUGGUGAAGAAAAUUAUUGUCUUGGUGGGAGAAUGCUGGCUUCAGCACUAGACUCCAGGCAGGAAGAUAAUGUGUGGGACAAUAAGAAAAUGCACUCUACAAAGAAAUUCUCUGAAAACAGCCAUGGAAGCAGCAGCUUACCUGUUGGGAAUAGAUCUGAAGUUCCUCUGAAUUCACACCGUAUGAAAGCUGUCACUUGGCAAGUGGCGCCUCUCUUCAACUCCAAGGCCUCUCAUUCACAAGUUCAAGAUGAUGAUGCAUAUCAUAAAUAUAUGGAAAACCUAAAGGUGACGUGGCCUUCCAGUUUGUCUGCAUUCAAAACAUACAGGUGCCAACACUGCAGUUAUGCUACCACUGCUCAUAGCAACUUUAGCCUGCACCUGAAAUUACAUACAAAUGAAAGACAGUUUGUAUGUGAAGAAUGCAAUAAGGCAUUUAAAACAGCAGAUGAUUUGCAGAAACACAGCCUAAUUCAUGUAAAGAAUGGAUAUGAGUUUGGCCGUUGCUUCUAUGUAGAUAGUUGUUUAGAGGAUUUUGAAUGGCAUCGUGACACACCUGAAGGUAUGUGUCCAGAAAGAGAUUUUGGUUCCUUGGAAGGUUCAGAAAGUGUCCAUUCCUUGCUUGGUUCGGAAGUCUCUGGACUACAGCCAGAUAUCCAGGCAGGUGAAGGGAAUGAUUUGCUAGGACAAAGUCAGCCACAAUACUACCAGUGUUCAGAGUGUGAGUAUGCUACUUAUAUUUUAAGUAAUCUUCAACUGCAUGUAAGAACUCACACAGGUGAGAGACCUUACAGCUGCAGUGUUUGUCAGAAGAAGUUUCGUACUUCCAGUCACCUUAAAAGACACAGAGUCAUGCAUUAUAAUUCAGAUUAUCUCAAGUGCAGGAACUGUGACUAUACCACAAACAAAUGGCUGUCCUUGAAACGACAUCUGGCUUCACACUCUUAUGAGGAAAGCUCAUCUACUGCCUGUCUCUAUGAACAAAAGCAGCUACCUGUCAAAACAUACACUUGCAAGGAGUGUGGCUAUUGCACACUCCGCAAUGGAAACCUGAAGCUACACAUGAGGAUUCACACAGGAGAGAAGCCAUACAAAUGCAGUCAGUGUGCUGUCGCUUUCCGCACAUCAGGCCACCUGAAGCGCCACUUGGUGACUCAUUUGAAGUUGCACUGCAGAAGGUGUGAAUUUUCAACGUUUGAUAAAUGUGCUUUCCAAAAGCAUGUAAAAACACACAAAAGCAAGCACAACUGUGGGAAGCGUAAUGUGAUGCUGCCUACCAAAAAACUUCUGGAAUAGCAUAAGCGGCAACAUGAGAUUGAAAUAUAAUCUCGGGAAUUGCAAGUUGGCACAUGCAAUGGCAAGAUUUGCAUGUCCUGAGUUUGUUCGUUGCUUUACAUUCCUCUGGUGUCCCUAGAACAAUGACUGGUAAUGGGUGCGUCUGGUGGUGUGGUCCAGAGGGUGAAACUUGAGGUACUGACUUCCUCCAGGUUCUUGCCACGGCUCCAUUUCUAGCACAGGCUGUGUUAAAGAAGAUCUUGGAGGUGCUUUGUUAUGCCUGGGUAACUUAAGAUUAUGAAGUCAAUAAUGACCUUAUAUGUCCAUCAGUUUAAAACAGUUAUUCUGUGCCCCUGUUUUUGAUAAAGGACCCCCAAAACUUUACUAACUGAAAGAAUGUUUAAAGGGGGAAAGGAAGAUCACAUUAUAUUUUGUAGUAAAAGGUUUGCAUUUAAAAAUUGUCAUUGUGUUUCAAGGCUUAGUGCUGUCUGCCAUCUGCUGAAAGCUUCAUUUACUACUUGCAGGUUCUCUUGCAAGUGUUGCAAGAAAAAAAAAAGUAUCUCACAAAAUUACAGAAAAAAGAAUUGUGUCAUCGCUUGAUUACAGGGUUAUGUUUGCUGUAUGUGUGUAUACAUGAAAGGUUGAUUAAACCAUUAUCUUGACUGUACUUCUGAUAAUUCUUUUGAGUAGUUUGACAGAAAUGGUGAUAUUGUUCUUAAUCAGGUAUUUUAUGAUACUGGGAAUCCUUAAAGUGAUCUAUUUUUUGUGGAUACGUAACGUUAAUCUAGUAUGAAAUGCGUCAUCCUUUCUCAGGGUGAUAGUUACUGCACGCUGUUUCUUAAAAUAGACAAUACCAUACUUUUCAAAGAACUUCUGUUAAUUUAAGCUCUUGCUGAUAUAUUGAGAAUUAGAAAUAUAUUUAACUAUGAAACUUAUUUUGUUAAACAGCUUUCCUGUGCAUCUACAGCACCAUGCAUAAGGAUCACUUUUGCUGAACAGCAGUUGUUACCAUGGUGAAGACGGAUGCUUCUUCCACUUUGUAUUCAAAUAUAGUUGAAUCUUUGAUUGCUUUAUAGAGUUGCAUGUUCUAAGAAGCUCUGUGUGGACAUCACUGCCUGUAACAUGUUCAGUGGUAUUGAGAACAGGGGUGUAUCUAAGGAAAGGCAGUAGCAGAGAACUGGUUCAAAUCACCCCUCAUGUUACAGUUUAGUCCAUGAAGCAGCAGAGUAAAUUUACAGCUUAAUUUAGAGAAUGGAAACAUGAAGCUACCACUAUGUUUUUAGUGCUCUCAAAUGUAUGUUUUUCUUUAUAAAUACAGAUAGUAUUUUGCAGAGGCUUUCUGGUAAUGUACAAGACAUGUUGGAAGUAGUUGCUGAGAGGUAGUGGAGUCCCUAUCUUCAGAUAUCCUUGGAAGCCUCCUGGAAGGG